UUGCGUAAUGACAUGUUGGCUUUCUUUCUUGCUAGUACAGAUUUAAUCUCAUUUCUUGGAACAGCGGGAAAGCUGCAGCCAUAGGUAAAUCAGUAGCGCCGUUACUGUGGCUGCGGCAGCAGAUAAACUUCUAAUAGUGCUAGGUAAAGCGCACAUGCGUAUUACACAGCUCAGCCAGCUGGACAGGAAUUUCUGGCCCUUCCCAUCACCGGCACUGGACAGGUACAAAACUCCACCUGAAGGCAACAUAGAUAGGGCCUCUCCCCUCACACCCAGUUCUUUUUUAUUUCUUAUAGUUCCCGCCUCUUAUUUUUCAUUGGUUUGCGCUAGGAGGAAAAAGUUUUGUUUGCAAGCUUAGCAAGGAAGAGGAGGAGGAUUGAUGGAACGCGGAUGUCUUUUUAGUCUACUUUCUUUCCUUCGUGUCGUGCGUGCUGGGAGCCCCUCGCACGGUGUUUGCUGUAUGUUGGCCCCUUCUGCAAAAAGGCGCGAGCUUCUUUGCCCCUUGAGCGAACGCGGAGCGGGGCCGGCUUCCCGAGGAUCGUUCCCUCCUUUGCCCAGUCAGCGAGUGAGUGCGCGGCAGCCGCAGGCAGCAACCACUAUAAAAAGAGCCUCCUUUCGCUCCUCCUUCCCUCUCCCCCACCCCCGAUCUUGGAAUUGCCUCAGUCUUUCGGCAUGGGUAGUGGUUGAGAGACUGGAAGCAAAAGGGGAAAAGAAGCAGAGUUAUCGAGGUAGAGACCGAAAAAAAGCGCAACGAGUGGACUCACAUUCUCGGACCACAGCCUCGCUUUGCCGAGCGCACAGGCUCUGGAUUCCUGCCGCGCACAACCAGGAUGGGGUACGGGAAACGCCGAUCUCCGGGCGUUUCAGCAACUGGCGCGGGACAUUUAGGGGCGAGACGGGUCCCUACCACUGCUGUCCUCUUCGCUUUGUUACUGAGCACCUUUAGCUCCGCUGUAGACCAAAAGAAAGUUUGUCAAGGAACAAGCAAUAAGCUAACUCAACUUGCAAGUGUGGAUGACCACUAUAACAACCUUAAGAGGAUGUAUGAGAACUGUGAAAUAGUGCUUGGCAAUCUGGAAAUCACUUAUGUGGAUUACAACUAUAACCUUACUUUUCUGAAGAGUAUAAAAGAAGUGGCUGGCUAUGUGGUUAUAGCAAUGAAUGCAGUGAAAACUAUUCCUUUGGAGAAUCUCCAGAUAAUACGAGGGAACAUACUUUAUGAAAAUGCUGCACUAGCAAUUUUAUUAAAUCACAAUGGUACGAAGGGACUUGAAGAGCUACCAUUAAGACGCUUGGCAGAAAUUCUAAAUGGAGGAGUAAAGUUCAGGAGUAAUCCUUACCUCUGCAACAUGGAAAAUGUUCUGUGGGAUGACAUUUUUGAUAAAAAUAAUAUUCAGAGUUUUGUACAGUUUGACACCAGUGAAAAAACAAAGGGAUUAACAGAAUCUCACAUAUCCUGUUCUCCUUGUCAUCCGAAUUGCACAAGAGGGCAUUGUUGGGGUGCUGGCGAAAAGAAUUGCCAAAUAUUAACUAAGAUUGACUGUGCAGCACAGUGCUCAGGUCGAUGCAAGGGAAGAUUGCCAAGUGACUGCUGUCAUACUCAGUGCGCAGCAGGAUGUACAGGUCCUAAAGAAAGUGACUGCUUGGCAUGUCGCAAGUUUUGGGAUGAUGCAACUUGCAAGGAGUCUUGCCCAGCUUUACAAAUAUACAAUCCCUAUACUUAUCAAUUGGAAGAUAACCCAGAAGGAAAGUACAGUUUUGGAGCAACUUGUGUAAAAAACUGUCCACAUAACUAUGUAGUAACAGACCAUGGCUCAUGUGUCCGAUCAUGCAAUGCAGACUCGACAGAAGUGGAGCAGAAUGGCAUUCGAAAAUGUAAAAAAUGUGAUGGCCCUUGUAGCAAAGUGUGCAGUGGAAUUGGAAUAGGUGAACUGAAAGGUGUUCUUGCAGUAAAUGAAUCCAAUAUUGAUUAUUUUAAGAACUGUACCACAAUCAAUGGGGAUCUCACAUUUCUGCAUGCAUCCUUUUUUGGUGAUGAAUACACAAAAACACCUCCUUUGGAUAUAAGGAAAUUGGAUAUUUUUCAAACUGUUAAAGAAAUCACAGGGUUUCUGUUGAUCCAGGUUUGGCCUGAAAAUGUCACUGAUUUGAGUAGUUUUGAAAAUCUGGAAGUAAUACGAGGUAGAACAAGACGGUUAGGUCAAUAUGCUCUUGCAAUCAUCAACCUGAAUAUCAAAUCUUUGGGAUUACGGUCUCUCAAGGAAAUAAGUGAUGGAGAUGUAGCCAUUUUGAAAAACAGCCACCUUUGCUAUGGCAAUACAUUGGAUUGGAAUAAACUUUUUGUAACCUCAAAACAGAAAAUAAAAAUAAGCAAAAAUGGAAAUGAAAGUGAAUGUGUUGCUACAGGACAGGUUUGUCAUCCCUUCUGCUCAGACAUAGGCUGCUGGGGCCCGGGACCCUUCCAGUGCUUUUCUUGCCGUUAUUUUAUCCGCCAACAGGAAUGUGUAAAACAUUGUAACAUUUAUCAAGGAAUGCUUCGAGAAUAUGAACAAAAGUCUGAGUGCUUUCAGUGUCAUUCAGAAUGCCUUGUGCAAAAUUCAACUGAACCAAUAUAUUUAACCUGCACAGGAUCUGGUCCUGGCAACUGCUUGAAGUGUGCUCAUGUAAAAGAUGGUCCACAUUGUGUUAAAUCAUGUCCUGCUGGCAUUUUGGGAGAAAAUGAUACCUUAGUCUGGAAAUAUCCAGAUGAAAAUUCAGUAUGUCAGUUGUGCCAUCCAAAUUGUGUUCGUGGAUGCAAAGGACCUGGACCUGAAGGCUGCCCUAAUGGAUCUAAAAUCCCAUCCAUUGCAGCUGGAGUUGUUGGAAGCAUUCUUUGCUUAGUGGUUAUAGCCCUGGGCAUUGGUCUUUUUGUCCGUAGACGUCGGAUUGUUAGAAAACGUACUUUGCGCAGACUGCUGCAAGAAAGAGAGCUUGUUGAACCUUUGACACCAAGUGGGGAAGCACCAAACCAAGCACUUCUAAGAAUCUUAAAAGAAACAGAAUUUAAAAAAGUAAAAGUCCUUGGCUCUGGAGCUUUUGGUACUGUCUAUCAGGGUCUCUGGAUUCCAGAAGGAGAAAAGGUUAAAAUUCCUGUAGCCAUUAAGGAAUUAAGAGAGGCUACAUCACCUAAAGCUAACAAAGAAAUUCUUGAUGAAGCAUAUGUAAUGGCAAGUGUUGACAAUCCCCAUGUGUGCCGUUUGCUGGGAAUUUGCCUCACAUCAACUGUCCAACUCAUCACCCAGCUUAUGCCGUAUGGUUGCCUUCUUGACUAUGUCAGAGAACACAAAGAUAACAUCGGAUCCCAGUACCUUCUCAAUUGGUGUGUGCAGAUUGCAAAGGGAAUGAAUUACUUAGAGGAACGCCGUUUGGUACACCGUGAUUUGGCUGCCAGAAAUGUCCUUGUUAAGACUCCCCAGCAUGUGAAGAUUACAGACUUUGGAUUGGCCAAAUUACUUGGUGCAGAAGAGAAGGAGUACCAUGCUGAAGGAGGAAAAGUUCCAAUUAAAUGGAUGGCUUUGGAGUCAAUUUUGCAUCGCAUUUAUACCCACCAGAGUGAUGUUUGGAGUUUUGGUGUCACUGUUUGGGAAUUAAUGACAUUUGGAUCUAAACCAUAUGAUGGUAUUCCAGCCAGUGAAAUUUCCUCGGUCUUGGAGAAAGGAGAACGGCUGCCUCAGCCUCCCAUAUGUACAAUUGAUGUGUAUAUGAUCAUGGUCAAAUGUUGGAUGAUUGAUGCAGAGAGUCGUCCUAAAUUCAGAGAGUUAAUAGCAGAAUUCUCCAAAAUGGCUCGGGACCCACAACGCUAUCUUGUCAUACAGGGAGAUGAAAGAAUGCACCUGCCCAGCCCAACAGAUUCCAAAUUUUACCGAAGUCUAAUAGAAGAAGAAGACAUGGAGGAUAUUGUGGAUGCAGAUGAAUAUCUAAUUCCCCAUCAAGGAUUUUUCAGCAGCCCAUCAAACUCACGAACACCUCUCUUAAGCUCAUUGAGUGCUACAAGCAAUAAUUCUGCAGUAACCUGCAUAGAUAGAAAUGGGCAGGGCCAUCCAGUGAGAGAAGACAGUUUCAUUCAGAGAUACAGUUCAGAUCCAACUGGAGUUUUCCUAGAUGACAGUCUGGAUGAUGGCUUUCUGCCUGCUCCAGAAUACAUAAACCAGCAAGUGACCUCAAAUGCAUCUGCUUCUAUGGUACAAAAUCCAGUCUAUAACACUUUCUCCCUUCCCAUUGAUCCAAAGUCUAUGAAUGAUUCAAAUCAAGAAAAGCUGCAUAACACAGCACUGGAUAACCCAGAAUAUCUCAACACAAGUCUCUCGCCUUUGGCUAACACAGUUUUUGAUAGCUCCUCCUACUGGGACCAGACAGCCAACCACCAAAUCAAUCUGGACAAUCCAGACUAUCAGCAAGACUUCUUGCCCAGAGACAACAAGCCUAAUGGCAUUGUUAAACUUCCUCCAGCUGAGAAUCCAGAAUACCUAAGGGUAGCAAUGCCGAAAAAUGAAUACAUUGAAGCCUCAGCAUGACCAUGAUAGAGACAUUGUAUAAUCUGAGCAAUACAGGCAAGAAACAUAGAUGAAAGAGUUGUUUGCUAUAUAGAAACAGACUAUGGUUAGAUUAAAAAUCAUCAUUACAUUUUGGAGUACACUUUUUCUUUCAUGUGUCUGUACCGUUUCAGCAAGUUUGCUUAGAACUUCAUUUAUUUCUCUGUUUACAAAAGAUGCAACAAAGAACCAAGAAAUAUCAACUACCAAGCAAUAUUUUUUCUUAAGCUAUAUAUUAUCAUCACAGCCUUUUUCUGAAUAUUAACUGCUGUAAUAAGCAUCCACCUUAAAUCUAUUUGAUAUCUUAUCUUUUAUAGGUAAUUUGGGGUACUUCUUUAAAAAAGCCUUUAUGAUAGCAAAUGACAAGUUAUUUAUUCCAUGUGGAUCACAGUGAAAGGAGCACAGGGUAAGUGGAAGGACUCAAGACUCAAAUCAUUUUGCCAGUCUCCUUCAUAGAAUUUCCAGUAAUUUGAUUUAAAGAGAAGCUUGUUCCUAUGCUUUAGUUCAGCUAUUUGAACACCAGCUUAUUUGCUAUUUUAUUUGCAAUGAAAAUAAUAUUUUUUAAAAAUGUGAGAAUUCUGCUCAAUAUUAUAACCUGUGAUUACAUUGGGAGAAAGAAUGCCUAGUGCUUCAUAUAGCACGUACUGCCACUACUACUGUUGGGAAGUUCUGCAGGAAUGUUGAUAAAAUCCAAGAAGUUCAGGAAUAGUCAUCAGGUAUUCUCUUGCAUGUUUCUGUAAUACUCAUUGUAAGUAUGAGCAGCAUUGUUUCUUUGGUCUGUUGUGGUUUUGUACUUGUAUCUUAGUUUCAAACAUUCCACUUCACUGCCUUGCUGCAUUUGAACACAGUAUCUAUAUAAAAUGGUGAGGAAAUGCCAUUUAGCUAAAAUUGAAUUAUUACAUACAUCCAUUACAUGCACUAAGGAUGGAUCUCGGAGAAAUCUAUUGCAAAAACUGAAAGAAGUCUAUGAUGUGGCUCAACUUUCAUUUAUCGUGAAUUUAUGCAGAAAUUAUUAGUAGAGAAAAUAUUACAUCCAGGGAAAAUAUUUUUAUACCAAAAUUCAGCAUUAUAUGAUAAAUAAAUAUAUGAUAACCAGUUAAUUUGCAGAAGUCAUAUGAGGCAUGAUUCAGCAACUGCAUUUAAAGAGAUAAAUUAACUUAAUCUUCCAAAAUAUUCCAAAGUAGAAUGGUUUUCAGGCCAGCCUGAUCAUUAUAUAUUAAACUGAUGUUCUAAUACAAUGCUUGUGCAUAUUUCUAUUCAGAACUUAGCCUAAUGAAUUCAAUACAGUUGUCUAUCUAAUAGGAGUAUAUAGGAUUGCAACCUAGUAGUUGUGAUCUAGGUGUGAUCUAGAAUACGCCUAUUUUAAAAUAAGAUCUAUUAAAUUUAGUGGGAUUUAUUUCUGUGCUAGUAUACAUAAUGUUGCAGCUCUCCUGGUCUCUUAUAUCAUGGGAGUAGUGGCAACAGUCUAAUACUGUUAUCCCUCUUAGUUGAGUUUAUGACUUUGAUAUGUGAUAAGGCCACUAUAUUACAAUUUCUAUAUUGUUCAAAAUAAUACUGAAUGUAAUCAUUAGAAUCCCUACCAUUAUUACAAAUGAAAAAUCAUUGAGAAAUAGCUAUUCCUCUUUUUAAGGAUACUAUAAAUUAUGUAAAUUAUAUAAAUACAUAUGGAAAGUUGCCCUGAGUAUAAUUCAUUACGUUAGGUUAUGGCAUUUCAUAUCCCAGGAAAUAUAAGGUAAAAAUCAUCACAUAGUUGAAAAAAAAA